AUGAUGUGCCGCCUCCUGAACACCAUGUUGGCUUUGCUGAGCCGCUUCCUGUUUGCGGUCCACGGCGUGGUGACGGUGUGGCGGGUGGUGGCCGUCAAAGGGGAUCCCCUUUACUGGCUGCUGCUGACCGGCGUGGCUCUGCUGGGCGUGGAAAUGGCCGUCACCUUGAAGUGCACCAGAAACGCCGAGUGGAAAUGGUUCUCCCCUAUGGUUUUCCUGUACCUCAGUACUGUCAUCCCAUCCAUUUGGUUUCUGGAGCUGAGCCUGUUACAGUCCAAGCUGCCUCCCAACAGCUCCUCUGGCCACGAUCUUCACUUGGCGGCUCAUAUCCCGAUCACAGCGGAGAUGGUGAAACUGGACCCAGAGAACUGGGUGGCCGGCCUGGAGCAGACCAUGCUCAUUGUGCUGGUUCUGGGUCGCUGGCUGAUGCCCAAAGGAGACAUGUCACGUGAUCAGCUCUCCCAGCUCCUCAUGGUUUACGUGGGACUCGGCGCCGACAUCCUGGACAUCUUCGACACUUUCAAGGAACCCCAAGUGGAAACCAACGAAGUGCUCGUCCUCAUCGGCCUGACCCUCUUCUCUUGGGCACUCAUGCAGUUUCCCGUGGUCCUCACCCAGACGCAGCCCCCAAAAGGCGGCUCGCCUCAAAGGACCGGCCGCGACCUCCGCUGCUGUCCCGAAGCCUCGUCCUCUUGCACGUCCUGCUGCUCCAGUGAAGUGUGGAGCUUGUUGCUCACAGUGGGGCUCCAGGACGGCCCCUUCCUGGUUUACCGCGUUUACCUCAUGGUGCAGGAACAGGUGCUCAACCAGCUCAUGAUUUUCUUCACCUGUAAAAACAUCCUCAUUGUUCUCUUGGAGAUUUACCGAAUCUUUGUGGUGCAGUGCGAGCAGCAGGUGCGGGAGGCCGUGUUGGAACGGUGUCACGUCUUGGUGCUCGACAGUCAAACCCAAGGAGCCGGCGAGGAAGAGGAGGAGGAGGAGGAAGUGGAUAAAGAGCAGAGCUGUCACACAGACAUGGAGAGGGCAGCCAAUGGAGAGGAAGAUCAGAGAGAUACCCAGGUAAAGAAAGGCUGCUGGUUCAGAGACAGUCUCAGCUCUCUGGAGGCUCGGUGA